GCCCGGCGGGGGGACUAACCGGCCUCCAGGGGUGAAUACGCAGAUCGCAGUGAUCUGGGCAGGGGUGAUCCUGGCCAUAGGAUCUGGUCUGACCUACCAGAUCCUGCCCCUAGACAGCCAAGCUCCGGGCAGCAGAACCAGUCCCCGUGAGGGAGACCUGGGAGUCAGGGCUCCGGGUCAGCAGGGGGAGACUCGGGGUAUUGAGCACAUACUGGGGGGCUCAACCCUGACGAGCGCCAUGUCGGUUCCUGGAUGCGCAGCUCGGGGCGUGGGGAGGCUCGGAUGAUCAUGGGGGGCAUGGACCCUGACCUCAUCCCCAUCUGCAAAGUGCUGAGCUCACCCGGGGCGCUGUACAAAUAACUGAUAAUAAAAUAAAGAACCAGCCCAAAUGUACAGGCCCCCAGGAGCCGAGAAGCUGGGACAAGAGCGGCCAUGCAGACCUUGGCCCAGGGGAACGAGCAGAAGGCUAAGGGUGUGGGAAGGGAGGGAGUAACAGGGGAGGUGAAAUUCUGAGAGAGAAGAGGGAGCCAGGAGCCGGGAGAAGGACCUGAUCAGGCUGGAGGACAAAGAGGAGGAGUGUGGCUGUGGGAUGCCAAAUAAGAUGAGGGAGGCUGGUGGCCAUGGGAAGAGGGAAUGGUGACCCGAAUGAGUUUGGGCAGCAGGGCCGGAGAGGAAGGGGUGGAAUCUGGAGUGCAGAAGGAGAAGCAGGAGACUGGAUGAGAGGAGCUGGAGACGUCUCAGGAGGAUGGGAGCUUGAGGAACAGGGAGAGGAAAGACUGGGAACGGGGCAGCCCGAGAUGGGAUGUUGGAGGUCUCCCAAGAGAAGACCAAUGGGAAGCAUCUAGGUAGCACCGGAGCAUUUGAUCACCUCAGUCUCUAAUGUGUUUAUCUUCCCCUCCCCCCCCCCCCCGCCCCGAGAUAAGGAGGUACUUUCAUCUCCAUUUUCUACAUGGCAGGACUGAAGCCCGAGAGGCGACGGCCUGGAUGUUCCAACAUAUUUAGGCACCUGACUCCCACUGAAACAAUACCUUUGAGGAUCUGGGCCUCAGUGACUUGUCGAGGUCACACAGGAGGUCUGGCAGAACAGGGACUUGAACCCAGGUCCCCCAACUCCUUGUUAGUGCCCUAACCAUUGCACUGUCCUUCUUCUCAGCUGGCAUAGGCCUGAGGGGGAAGGGGAGGCCCAGGAGGUGGGAGAUGAAUUGAACAGCCUCUAAUGUGCCACUUUGCACUGUCAGGCUGGUGUGCCCACCAUGGAGAAAUACCACGUGCUGGAGAUGAUUGGAGAAGGCUCCUUCGGGGAGGGUGUACAAGGGCGCCGGAAAUAUAGCGCCCAGGUGGUGGCGCUGAAGUUCAUCCCCAAAGUCGGGCGAUCGGAGAAGGAGCUGAAGAACCUGCAGCGGGAAAUUGAGAUCAUGAGGGGGCUGCACCAUCCCAACAUCGUCCAGAUGCUCGACAGCUUCGAGACUGACAAGGAGGUGGUGGUGGUGACGGACUAUGCGGAGGGGGAGCUUUUCCAGAUCCUGGAGGAUGAUGGGAAUCUGCCAGAGGACCAGGUUCAGGGCAUCGCCGCCCAGCUGGUCUCUGCCCUCUAUUACCUCCACUCCCACCGGAUCCUGCACCGCGACAUGAAGCCCCAGAACAUUCUGCUGAGCAAAGGGGGUGUCAUCAAGCUCUGCGACUUCGGGUUCGCUCGCGCCAUGAGCAUCAACACCAUGGUGCUGACGUCCAUCAAGGGAACCCCGCUGUACAUGUCCCCCGAGCUGGUGCAGGAGAAGCCCUACGACCACACGGCUGACCUGUGGUCUGUGGGCUGCAUCCUGUAUGAGCUGUUCGUGGGGACGCCGCCUUUCUAUACCAACAGCAUCUUCCAGCUGGUCAGCCUCAUCAUCAAGGACCCCAUCAAGUGGCCCAAAACCAUGAGCCCCUCAUUCAAGAACUUCCUGCAAGGCCUGUUGAUGAAGGACCCUUGCCAGCGCCUGUCGUGGCCGGAGCUACUGCACCAUCCCUUCAUCGUUGGACAGGUCACCAUGAUCGAUGACACAGAGCAACAUGGAAUCGCGAACCCCUUCACCAGCAAGCUGCCCCCGGAGCUGCAGGUGCUGAAGGAGAAGCAGGCUCACUCGCUGGCCCCCAGGAGUGGCCAGUCCAAGAUCCUGAGGAAGGCGCGGGAGAAGAUGGCUGAGGAGGCCCGGAAGAAGCUCUUCAGUCUUUUCCAGGAGCAGCUGAAGGCAGACACUCCAUCUAAAAAGGAGGCAGCCAGAAGAGGUCCAGGGCACAAACCCAAAGCAGCCCCUGGGAAGGCAGCCCUCAGGGAGGGGGAGCAGACAGCCUGCGCUCUGGGCUCCCCUCCUGGAGACAAGAACCAAGCCGUCCUGGGAGAAGAGCCCAACGAGACAGAGUGGGAGACAACUGAGCCUCCCCCUACACCACGGGAGCACCGGAUCACACAGGAUUACGAGCGGGAGUUCCCAGAGGUGGACAGCAAGGCGGGGCCACGCGACAGGCGCAGCAUCGAGACCGUGCACCUGGAGAGCGAGGAACUGGAUAGUGACGACGAAUGGCAGCAUCUGAUCGAGGCCACGGAAGCCUCCGCCAUGCAGCUGAGCACACCCCUGAGCCUUCUGGGGGACCCGGCCUUUCAGCAGCGCAUCCAGGCCCGGCUCCAGCACUCCAGCCAGCAGGUGCUGGAGGGGAUGUUGGAGGGAGCGUCUCAUCUCCGCCCAGCCCUCCGUGUCCUGGGCAACCUGCUCGCCGCCAGGUGUGACUCAGAGCUUCUGGACAGCUUCUGCCAGGCCGCGGAUUUACCUCGCUUCCUGCUGCACCUGCUCGGGCAAAUCCUGCAGAGCGCCAGCAGCAAGCAGCCCUGGUGCAUCACGCUGCUGGUGGACCUUGUUGGCGUGACAACGGCCUAUUUCACCAGUGCCUCCCACCUGGGGUGGAGCCGGAGGAAGAGAAGCCUGCAGGUUUUCCACGAGGCGGCUGCCGGCUUCCUCUCCCUGCUGCCCAAGCUGCUGGCCCAGCCAAUGGACGUCGAGAUGAGGCUCCGCCAGCAGAGCAGCAUGAGCUUCACCCUACUCUGUGAGGACAUGGACAGCAGCAGCCCCAGGGUGUCGGGCCCCUUCUAUGCCAACCUGCUCGCCAAGCAGCGCCCCCUGCUGGACACACUCCUCCAGGGGGCCACCCUGGAGAUGCCCACUCCGGAAGAGCCAGCGAAGGAGGCGAAAGCCGCGCGAGAGCAGCGUGAGCGUGGGGCAGAUGUCUUCACAGCAGCACUGGCCGCAGUCUGCAGCCUCCCCGUGGGGCGGAACAGGUGCCAGGAGGCCAAAAAGCAGGUCGCCCAGCUGGUGGCUGAGAAACUGACGGAGGAAAACAGCCAGCUCUUAGUGAGGCUCCUGGCGGGACUCGAGCGCCCGGCCUGCUCCCUGAACGUGCUGAAGGUCUUGUACUCCUGUGGCCACGCCAGUAAAAGCCUGUGCCAGCUCCUGGCCAAGGGGCAGCAAGUGCCGAGCUCCCUGGCCCGGCUGGUGAAGGGCGAGGUCCCGAUGGGGGAGCGGCUGCGGGUGCAAGCCUGCGAGGCGUCGCUGCACCUGCUGUCUCUGCUCACCCUCCAGCUGCAGGCUCCCCCUCCCCGGGUGGACCUGGUGGUGAGUGACGCCACCGAGCUCUUCACCCAGUCGGCUGUCUUCUCCCUCGUGAGCGCCGCGGGAUUCCUGCUGGCUCAGCUCGGACAGCAGGGGGCGGCCAUCGAGGUGGGGUGCGAGGACGCCAUGUCGGCCAUGACCAAUGCACUCACUGUGCCUGCUGAGCUGCACCUGCCCCCACCCAUGGGCGCUGGGCUCUACGAUGGAUUCCUGCUUCUCCUGCUGCAGCUCCUCUCCCAGGGCGACACGGUGACGGUGCGGGGGUUUGCCAGCUCGGAGCUGUGGAACGUCGCCUGGCACCGUUUCGCCAUGGUGCUCCACCUGGCCGCUGAUGAGCCAGUGAUGGAGGGCGAGGAGCCACUGCCAGGCCAGCCCACUCCGGAGCCAGACUGGACCCUCGUCUCUCCUCAAGGCACCGCGCUCUUCCUCAGCCUGGCCCUCUUCGUCUUCACCCGAGAGCCUCACCAGUGCCUUCUUCAGCUCGCCCACCCCAACAGCAUCAUCAUGGCAACCUUCCCCAAGCUGCUGUCCCUCCACUUCCUGGCUCACCUGGCGCAGACGCAGGUGGGGGAGGACGGUGACCCCGAGCUGGUCCCAGCUGUGGUGCUCCAGGCCUGCCAGCUGCUCUGCUUCCCCUUCUCCUUGGACGUGGACACUGAGACCUUCAGGUGGGUCAUGAAGGCCCUGAGAGACGCCGAGAUCCCCGCCCAUCUCCUCCAGGUCUGCUGCCACCAUCUGCCCUUCUCGGAGACCGCGCUUCCCAUGAGCCUCCUGUGCCACCUCGUCCUGUCCGACGAGCGGGUCAUCGACCAGUUGGUGGGGGUGGCUGCUGCUUCGGACUCCGCCACUGCCUUCCUGUCGGCCAUCUUGCUUUCGGACAGCCCUCUGCUCACAAUGGACCUCCUGUCCCUCCUGACCCACGUGGCCCGGGCCUGUCCUGCUCACCUGCCUUUCCUCCAGAAGAUCCUGGGCGGCUCGGACUCGGCCUACCAGCUGCUGAGCCACCUGCUGUGCCACCAGGAGCACCCGAUCCGCGCCAAGGCCUGCAGCCUGGUGGGCAACCUGCUGCGUCACAACCAGGACUUCCCCCGGGCGCUGCGGAGCCGGGCGGGCCUGCUGGAGCGCCUACUGGAGCGUCUGUCGGACCAGGACGAGAGCGUGCGCAGGUCGGCCAGCUUCGCGGUGGGCAAUGCUGCCUACCAGUACGGCUCCCUCCCGCACGCCCUAGGGAAAGCCGUGCCCGGCGUGGUGAGGCUUUUGAGCGACCCCCAGGCCAAAACCCGGUGUAAUGCCGCCUCCACUCUGGGGAACUUGGGCAGGCAGACAGCGGAACUGGGGGACGUGCUGAUCCAGAGCAGAGCCCCCCAUCUCCUGCUGGAAGUGGCCUGCCAUGACUCCCAGCCAGCUGUGCAGGAGGCAGCAUUGGUCGCACUGCGGUCCGUCAGCCAGCAGCCAAAGAUACACCAGGUGCUCGUGUCGCUCAAGGCCAGCGAGAAGCUGCUGGCACUUUCCAUCAGCGAAGCUCAGACCAGUUCCUAUGGGAGGCCCCGACCGUCUUCAGCUCAUCACUGCAAGAAGCUCAUCCACCUUCUGCGCCCAACACACAGUGCCUGAGAACAGCAGGUCUCUGCUCUGGGAGAGACCGUUCCACCCGCCUCUUGAGGACGACACUUUGUGCUGGAAUACAGGGGACACUCCCAUACUCUGUCCAGAAACAGGGGCCACCACCCCCAUCUCCUGAGACCAACGCAGUGCCUGAGCAUGGCAGGUCCCUGUGGAGUCGGGGGAGACCACCCUGACAAAAGUUGGUCAAGGAAACGUAUCUGAUAAAGACAGAGAUGGGUGAAAUACGGUGUGUGAGAGAAAGAAACCAGAACUCCUCCUCCUCUUGAUCCAGACCCCUGCUCGCCAGUGAGACCCCUCUGCCAGUCCUGAGAAAGAUCAUGCCAGCAACUCCCUUUCCUGUCCUUUUGUAGAGAUCUCUCCAACCCCAAAUUUGGUGCCCCCCAAACUUCCCCAGGGACAGACGUUGGUUAAUGUUCCAUCUUGUACUAUCUCCACCCCCACCACACUUCAUUCCAAGAGCACCUUGGAAUGAAUGAACCCAACCCCGUUUCCAGGCUGAAUCCUAUCCAACCAGGUCUAGCUUCUACUUAGAGGUUCUUCUGACUCCAGGCACCUUCCUGGGAAGAAGCCUCCAAACCUAAAGUACCCAGCUUUCAAAAAGGGGUCUCAUGCUUACUGAGAUGUACCUUAUGGUCACCUAGGUUGAGCCAUGCAGGGAAUCCAGCCCCAAGAUCCAGUGUGUCUUUGGCCUCUCCCCACGUCAGUCUCUCUCCCACCAGAGAAGUGCCCCAUCCUCCUUGAAUGAGCUCCAGCAAGAUCAGAUUUAAUUGAACCAGAUCCUGGAUGGACUAAACCCAACACCAAGCCUUGAUGGUUUAGGGACUCUCUCCAGGACACAUUCCACAUACUUACUCUUCACCCUGCACUUCCAGAGUUUAACUGCAGGGUCCAGGUGAUACAAGCCAGACUUGGCAUCAGAUUCCCAGGAGAAUUGGAGUUCAUGAUGUGUCCAGGAUUCUGUUCACAGCUGCUGAGGGCUUCUCUUCUGCAGUGAAGUUGGAGAUUGUCUCCCUGGCUCAGCUUCAUGAAGACGGGUUCGGUUCUCCUGUUAUCCUUGGAGUGUGUGGUGGGGAUUCUACUCUGCGGCUCUGACUGAAGUCUGAAGGUUUCUCCUAAUCUACGUGCUCCAUCAUGCUGGAACCCACCACCUUUGUGGAUGAGAACUGGACAGUCAAGUGCCAUCAGCGGAACCUGCUAGCGUUCCUUAAUCAGCCAGAGGGGUCGCAUUUGGGCAAUGCCAGGCACUUCCUCCCUGAGGUUCCAUGUACCACCUCAAUGUUGUGGGUCUGAACAUACUCGAUCCGAUGUGUUCAUAGUGGUAUUUGGGUGUCCAUAGAAGCCUUGGCUGGACUUAUCCAACCUGCAUUUUCUAGCCAUUUGUAGUGACUCUUUUAUAAGAGAGACUUUGUGUGACGUUGGUUUGGAGUCACUUUUCUAGAUUCAUUUUUUGUACUAUUGCAUAUACGUUUGUAAUUUAUUAUAAUAAACGGCUCUUCCCUUCCUGGGAAAGCU